AUGUACCCAAACGUAAAUAUAAAGUACAAAUGCCCACCGAAGAAUAAUAAAGGAAAGGUUAGAAGUACACCAGGAAAAUGUGGAUGUCAUAGCAACGUGGAUACGAUUAUUAGAGACAUUAAAAGUGAAUACAGUGAAUAUAAAGAAUGCAAACACCGUGCCAGAACCUUUACAUUUCAGAAUUUAAAAUAUGGUGAUGAAGAACUUACGGAUGAAAAAUCUACUAAACUUACCUCAAUACACUCUGGGAUAAAAGAGGUAUAUACUUACUAUAGUAGAACUCAUGAAGACAAGGGCAAAGAUGAUGUAAAGAGACCCCUUCUACUCAGACUUAAAGAUGGAAGUGAUAAAUAUCACUGGUAUGAAAACGCAGAUGCGGACGUAGAUGAUACUAAAUCAGCUGGAGAACCCAAAUCACAUACAAACACUAAAUGGAAGACGGUACCAAAUGGAGAGAACGACUUUUACCCGGGACACCAUAUUCCAACUCAAGCACUUACUGAUAAGCUCAUUAAACUGACAUGCAAACUCCACAAUCUUCACUAUGUUAACAUUUAUCAGGAACGUACAUAUAACUGUGCAUGUAAUAAGACCAAUGUUGAAGAGAAGCAUGGAGCUGAAGUACCUCUUGGGUAUACUAAGUACACGCAUAAAUACACUACUGAUGGAAACUUUGUUAGGUACAGAGAUGCAAACCUUUCUUAUAGAAGCAAUGUAAAUGAAAAAAAAUAUGAGCCUCUUACACUUGAUCUCAAUCAACGAACUCCUAAUCUCACAGUGUAUUACUGGAAUAAAGACCCGGGACGUACAAAACCCCUACUCAUGGAAGUAGCUUUUGGAACUAUGAAAGUUCCUGCUGUUAAUGAUGGAAAACCUGACAACGACGAGUGGACUAUGAUCCUUGAUGAAGGUAAUCUAAAACUUGAAGAUGAUGAAUAUUCACUAACACUUCCUCCAGAUAAACUUGAGGAAAAACUUAAAGAGCUAACAUGUAAAUUUUUUAAUCCACCCGAGAUGAAUGACUACUGUACAAAGAAGGGGUAUAAGAGUGAAUUAGAACUUUCUCGCCAAGAUGAAAAAGAAGAGAAAGAAAGAACUAGGAAACAAAAAGAACUUGAACCUCCUCCUGUUUCCGCUAAACUUCUUGCUGGUGUUAGUAAUGAUAGUGCUAGGUCAUCCUCUCCUGUUAGUAAAGGUGAUAGUAUAACUGGAACGUGCACUGUUGAAAAACUAUGGGAAGAGCUCGGAAGAGAUGUAGAUUAUAUACUAGGUGAAUCAGCUGAACUUGGUGCAGUUGGAUUAGGUGUAGCUACUGUAGCUCUUGGACUGGCUAAGAGUAUUCUCGCCGGUGAAAAAGAUAAACAGGCUGAAGGAGAACAUGAAUCCAAAUCUUUACCCUCUAAACAAGAAUCUACUAUUGUUGGAGCUGCUUAUGAAGAGCCUUUUACUGCUGCCACUACUAUAACUCCCUCUGCUUCUCUAAGCGAAAUAACAGAUUCUGGUAGUGACAGAGAAGAGGAAGAUUAUGAAGCUACUAAAUCUGAAGCUAAAGAUGCUGAUGAAGGAGGAAGGGAUCCUGCUACUACAGUACCUCAAGAUCAAAACCUUAAAACUCCUCAAGAACCUCUUGAAACUGAUAAUUCUAAUGGAGUUCAACGUGAAGAGGUUCCAGCAGCUGACUUAUCUGACCAGGUUCCUGAUACAGAGUCUGAGACUAAGAUUCUCCUACAAGGUACUCCUGUAGCCCAAAUGGCUGAAGAUGCUAUAGAUGGUGAAAGACUAAAACAUAGAGGUGGUAGAGCUGCAGGGGUCACCAUAAGGCUUGACAGCAAGACUCAUUACCCAAGUAGUCCUAAUGGUGUACAAUUAAAGGUUACUCCUUACCAUGGUACUCCCAUACUCGGAUAUUCUGCUUUUCAACACAAAUACAAAGAAAAAGGCUUUACCAUAACUAAGUUUACAGUUGGAGAUAAGGGACAGACGUUUCAACCACCCAUGACAGAGGUAAAGGAUUCUAACGUUGUAGUAGUCUUCUUCCUCAAAUGUGAGAGUAGUCCCAACAACCCUGCUACUAAGAUGCCACUUCUUUUCUACGUUGGUACUGAUAAAAACGACCACAAUUGGUAUGCUAGGAAAAAGAAAGGUGGACACUGGAUAGAUGUUUCCGGUUUGUUAGGUAAAAUCUCUCCACAUAAAGCUUAUAGUUUUGGUAUUCUUCGGAACGCUUUAGAGAGCAUUCAGCAGAUUCUUGGAAUUGGUUGUGGAACGAAGCAAGAAUUUAAGUCUAGAAAGGCGUUAAAGGAAAAGAAUGAUAUAGGAGAUGGUUGGUCAUAUAAAAAAUAUCUUGGAAGUUAUCAGAAUCCUAAUGCCAUUUCUCCAGCUAUUCCACCAAGAAUUCAUUCAACACUUCAACUAAAAGCAAAACAUGGAAGCGACAACAAUUUUGACUUAGGAGAUUCUGGUUUUCAACUUAAUAAAUCGCAAAAUAUUGCUGCUACACCUUAUGGACUUCCUCAUCAACAAUCACCUGAUGAUCAACCUCUCCAAAAUACUCCUCCUCUUAUUCAUCCUCCUGCUGAACCUGCUCCUGAAAAAUCUCGUAAAUCUCCUGAAGCUGUUUCUGAACCUACUGAAGGACCUCAAGAUGAUGCUGACCCAUCUCUCCAAGCUGAUACUAAUAAACUUCAAGAAACUCGACCCGUAAGUGGUGCCAAUGGACAAGGCUCUGAUGCUGGUCAGCCUGGUCUUUCUGGACCUACAGGACCUUCCGGUGAUAAAGGAGAAGCUGGUAUACCUGGUGAUAAUAAUAAUGCUGGUCUCUCUAAUAGCGUAGCUGGUGCUGCUUCUGCUCUUACUCCUGAUCAAGAUGGUGGAGGGAUUCAGGAUAGUCAUAGAGGAAGAGAAGAAUCUCCUGGACCUUCUACUGCUGGUCCUUCUACUACUUCUCCUCCUGCUUAUAAAGCUGAAGCUCGAUCAGCCUCAGACUCUGGUCCUGGAACUCGCGGUAAAGGCUCUCCUCCACUCUCCCCAGGCUCUAAAACUGAAGCUCCUACUACUGAGAUUAUUGUCUCUGUAACUACUGGCAUUCUUACAACUUCUGCCUUGGCUUGUUUUGCUGGAUGGAAACUCUAUAACCGCUAUAAAGGAGACCCUUGGGUUAGACAGAUUUGA